GGGGGCCCGCGCACCCAUGGAAGUUUAGGGCCCGCGGAGCGCAGCCCGGGCCGCCGGCCGCGAGGAGGAUGUCGGUGCUGCGGCGGGCGAUGCGGGUCUCCAACCGCUCCCUGCUCGCCUUCCUCUUCUUCUUCUCGCUGUCCUCGUCCGGCCUCUACUUCGUCUACGUGGCUCCGGGCCUCGCCAACACGUAUCUCUUUAUGGUACAAGCUCGAGGAAUAAUGUUGAGAGAAAAUGUGAAAACGAUAGGACAUAUGAUCAGGCUUUACACAAAUAAGAACACUACACUCAACGGUACAGAUUAUCCUGAAGGCAGUAAUUCAAGUGAUUAUCUUGUUCAGACAACAACGUAUCUUCCGGAAAACUUCACGUACUCUCCAUACCUCCCCUGCCCAGAAAAACUGCCUUACAUGCGGGGAUUUCUCAAUGUCAACGUAAGUGAAGUCAGUUUUGAUGAAAUUCAUCAACUCUUCUCCAAGGAUGUGGACAUUGAGCCCGGAGGACACUGGAGACCGAAGGACUGCAAGCCCAGGUGGAAGGUGGCAGUGCUCAUCCCUUUCCGUAAUCGCCACGAACACCUGCCAAUUUUCUUCUUGCAUCUGAUUCCGAUGCUCCAGAAACAGCGGCUGGAAUUUGCCUUUUAUGUCAUCGAACAGACCGGCUCGCAGCCCUUCAACCGCGCCAUGCUCUUCAACGUGGGCUUCCGGGAGGCCACGCGGGACCGCGCGUGGGACUGCGUGAUCUUCCACGACGUGGACCACCUGCCCGAAAACGACCGCAACUACUACGGCUGCGGAGAGAUGCCUCGGCAUUUUGCAGCGAAGCUGGACAAAUACAUGUACAUUCUUCCGUAUAAAGAGUUCUUUGGUGGUGUAAGUGGACUGACCGUGGCGCAGUUUAGGAAGAUCAACGGCUUUCCUAACGCCUUCUGGGGGUGGGGAGGAGAAGACGAUGACCUUUGGAACAGGGUUCACUAUGCUGGGUAUAAUGUAACGAGGCCCGAGGGAGACUUGGGAAAAUACAAAUCCAUUCCUCACCAUCAUCGGGGUGAAGUCCAGUUUUUAGGACGAUACAAGCUGCUGAGGUAUUCGAAGGAGCGCCAGUACAUCGACGGGCUGAACAACUUAAUCUACGUGCCCGCCGUCCUGGUGGACAGGCUGUAUACAAACAUCUCCGUGAACCUCACGCCAGAGUUGGCUCCAAUCGAAGACUAUUGAAGAAGUCACCGUCAUGGCAGCCUAGACUGCGACGCUGAUCAUAAACCCAGGGUGCGCUCUUGAAGGAGGCCAGUGGCUGGACGUGGCCCGGGCCGUUAUGCAGCGGAGCCAGCGGUCUCAGUGACCACCGUGUGGGGUUGCCUACAGCAGCCUCCUUCCUCCCAUCCCGAGACCCCCACCCCCCCACCCCCCCAGCGAGUGCUCCAGAGACCAGGUGCCAUCGCCAAGACGGGGUUAAGAGCGCCCUGCAAAAAAAGACAUUUUUAUAUGGAAAUCUAUAAUUUAACUCAAGAGAAUGCUUUAUUUCUGCGGAGACCUAUUUUGUACAUAGGGGAUGUACACUGUUGUGUUGAAAUUGUUGAACAAUAAGGUGCGUUGCAGUUUUGCAUGUAAUGGCUUAUGCCUUUAUCGGGCUUUUAUAAACAUUUUUUAUUUGCAUGGAACAAACAGUGUACAUUUAUGAGACUGAACAAAGGCUAACCCUGUGUGACAUGAAGGCACUGUCAAUAAUUGACAGCCAGUGACUACAGUAAGCUGUUAUACUAGUUUUGAGCUUUAGACCUUCAGCCUCUGUGUGUAGGGAGAAGUCAGCUUUCCUACGGCCCUGAGGGUAGAAGAAACGGCUUAAGCCGCUUUUCUUCCUGCCAGGAUUGGCUGUUUUUUCCUUGCUUGCAGUCUCAUCAGAUUUUGCUAAAUCACAACCGUAAUGUUUAUGCAUAUUGCAUGACUAAUGCCAAGAAAAAAUCUUAAAAGUUAUGGUAUGACAUGAGAUCAAGGACCUCCUCAUGUUAAAUGCUUUCCAUGUACCUCUGGUGUUAAGUGUCAGGGAUUUUGUGCCUCAAAAAGUGUUCCCAAUGUUGUGUGUGUUUGUACACUUUUUUGUUUGUUUGUUUUGGUUCAUAGUGAAUAGCACUUCUAUUAUUUCCAGGUCAGAGGAGCCAAAAAUUUUUUUAGUUUUAAAAAAAUCAAAACAAUUUUUUAAAAGAAUGUGUUAUAUGGAAAACCCAAUAGUACCUAUAAUAUACAAAUGAAUUAUACUGUUAGAUAAGAAAUGAAAUGUUAUAUUUUUAUGAAGAUAAAUGCUUAGUAGGUAGAAAAUAAAUUUUAAGUUUAAUUCUCAGACUCAUAGAAUUCAAGUUUGGAAGGGAUUCUUUUUAAUCUUGCCCAAUUUCAUUCAAACUGUAUAUUUUUUUUUUUUACUUUUAAGAAAUUACAUCUCUGGUGUUCAUUAUUAAAAUGUCCUCACUGAAAGCAUAAUUUAAUAGAAUUAUAUUCUAACACAUAAUCAGCUAUCUAAAUAUGUUGAUGUUAUAAGGCACAUCUCAGAAAACAGGUCUUAUUACCUGACAUUAAGUAUAUUACUUUAUCUUAAGUUUGGAUGAAGUUUUUAUGGCAAAACCAAACAGUAUUUUUACUUUGAAAAUUAUCAAUUAUUGUUAACCAAAGAUUCGUUAAAUAUCUUAAGGUAUUUUCACAAAUUUAAAACAAAAAAAUUGUUUAUCUAUACAGUGAAUCUUUAACAACGAUGACGAACAAUAGAAAUCUGUAUUUGAGAGACGUGUGGAUAACAGUUGACUCAUAGAUUGUUCACCUAAAAUAGAAAUAUGGUAUUUAUCUCAGGUUGUAACUUUAACUUUUGAAAGUUCGCGUUUUCUAUGGCAAUAUUGGUAAAACAAAUGAUCACUAACCAAAUCACAAAAUAAGUGAAUUUCUUGUACUUUUAGAAAACAGAUAGCUCUCUGUUAUGAUACAAAACAGAGUUUUCCCACAUUUUUUUCUUAGAAAUAUUUCCAAAAUAUUUGUCUCUAAUUUUUUUUUUUUGCUUGUACUGAAAAUAGUGAAUAAUCAAACUGCUGAAAGUAAAUGUGUUCUUAAUUUGUCUAUCUGUUCAUUUGCUGUCUCUCAUAGUCAAUGUAGUUGUUUAAUUCAAUGAAAUGGAAGAAAGUAAAUUAGGAAGUUACCAUUUGUUGAUCACUAACAAGAUAAUUGGGGCAUAAGAACAUAAUUAAUCCAUAAAAUAAUUAAAAAUAUUUUAGUUGGGGUAAUUAGGACUGUUUCAGAGUCUUAUUAGGAAAUCAUAUAUUUUUUUAAUGUGGAGCUGCCCAAAUUUUGGAAUCGUUUUAUUUUGAUAUACAUUUUAUAAUUUCAAGAGAACUCAGUUCUACUAGUAUCUGCCUUAUUUUUUUGGAUUAAGUCUAAUAGUAAUUUUUGUUUUAGCUGUGGGCCAUGAAUAUUUUGCUUUUUUCAGUUUUGAAUAUGGCAUGUCAUUCUGUGAAAAACAUCUUACUAGUUUGCUUUUUGUCUUUUGUUUGUUUUUACUGUGCUUUUUCACUGCAGACUUAAAAUUGAUUGUUGCCUGUAAUCAUUUAUAUGUUUCAGUAAAAGUGACAGAGUUUUGCCCAAUUAAUAUUUAUUAUCGGAAAAUAAAUCUAUUCCACAAGACUAACAAAUAUAUUGUAAAUCUUUUUGUUUGGUGGAUGUAUUAGUGAACAUGUGUUCUUACCUACUCUGUCAGGUGGGAUGCUAGGUAUGUCUCCGGAAAAAGCACUUCAUUUGUAAACAAAUCAAGUCAGGCAAGUGUAAGCCUUUCUAAAAUGAAGACGCCCUCUGAUAACUUAAUCAUUGUAUUUCUUUUUUUCUUUUUUUUUUUCCUUUAUUUUUAUUUUUUAUUUUUUUAUUUUUUAUAGCUUAAAGUAUUACAAAGGGUAUUACAUAUGUAUCCAUUUUAUCCCCCCGCCCUAGACAGUCCCCUAGCCUCCCCUAUCAUUGUAUUUCUUAAUCUCAACAUCAAGAAGCAUACAUAUGUGGACAUAAGAGUUAUUAUAAGUCCCCUGGCACAACUGGGAAAGUUAUAUAGUGCCUUCAACUAGAGAAAGUAACAGUGAUUAAUGGGCCUAUUUUCUUAAGGUAUAUUUUUAUUGAUUUCAGAGAGAGGAAGGAAGAGGGAGAGAAACAUCAAUGAUGUGAGAGGAUCAUUGAUCAGCUGCCUCCUGCACGCCCCCUACUGGGGAUCCAGCCUGCAACCUGGCAUGUGCUCUGACCGGUAAUUGAACUGUGACCUCCUGGUUCAUAGGUCAAUGCUCAGCUGAACCACUGAGCCACACUGGCUGGGCUAAUGGGUCUAUUUGUAGAAAAAGGAAAAGUGUUCACAUUUGCUGUAACAUUAUAUCAAAGUCAUAGUGGAGAUAGUCAUUUAAAUUUUGCCAAAAAUUAAGGUUAAAUGAAUAUUUUUUAAAAUAUUAAAUUUUUGUUAGUAUUUUGUGAAAAGGUGUUCAGUUAGAAAACCUUACUUACAAUAUUAUGUAAAUACAAAAUUACGUAUUAGAAACUAGCUUAUACUUCUUUUCCAGCCAAGAGAUUAAUAUCCACUUUGAAACAAAAUGGAAAAGUCAAUACAAUAUUCUCCCUCUUUUUGCAGGCUACAUAUGAGAGAAAGCAGAGUUUGUGUUGUUUUAUUUGGUGUUUGAUUGUCUUCCUUAUAUUUCUCUAUGUAUCUUUUUUUCACAUUAGCACUCAAGAUUUAUUGCCUUGUAUUUGCAAGUUUGCCAGUUGAGAGAACUAAAAUGGCCAUAGUGGUGUUUUAUCAGAAAGAGAAAGUGUACUUAAGAUUCACUUACUUAUUAAGAUCCAAAAGGCUUUUACAUAAAAUGCACUGAAUUAAAUGCUAGUCAUUUCUUGUAUUCUUUUUUUUUGUUUUUUUUUUUUUUGUUGCUGCUCAUGGAAAUGUUUGUACUUUUUUAUCAUUGUCUUUUAUGAAAUAUAAUAUUCUGAAGACUUUG